AUGCAUCCACGGCGCCGAAUAGUAGAAAUUCUCGUCCUGUGCUGUUUACUCACAGCUCGUCACAUGGCUCAGGUUGCGCCCUGUCAGUUGAAGCAUGCUCGUGUUGGAGAAGAUAUGACUGGUUCCACGAGCAGCCAAACCCGUUUAAGCAAUCGGGAAAGUUUGGAUCUCUUACCUCAAAUCUCGGAUAUCCCAGCCGAACGGGACGAAGAAAAGACUCGGCGACAAUUUGGCACAAGCGUGCAAGCGCUUCAAAACCGUCAAGAAGCUACCAUGAAAGAAGACUUUAAGAACUUACACCGACAAUUACAGAUAUUCACAGAGGCGGCUAAAGGGGUCUACAAAGAGAAAAAUAUCCCCGAUCUUCUAGACAGUGUUGUAAAACUAGUCCGCAUCUACAACCGCAUACCAACUUUCAAGCAUGAUCAAGUCUUAAAAUGGGAAGAUAAGAUACUAGUCCUUCUGCCGCAGAAACCAAAUGAUCUUUAUAGGAUCGAUGAACCGCCAACUGAAAUUCGACCACAAGACGAUAUCUAUCAGGGGAAAGAGGUACCUUUAAAGAUACCAGGCACGACACGCCAAGGUUUUGAGGUUUUAAAUCCUUCUGGAAGACCUUUGGGAAAGAAUUUGGGCUUGAACCAAUUGCCCAGUGGAAUGCUGGAAGGGGAAGACCUUGAUCAAGCUAUGGAAGGAAUCAAUUGGGCAUGGCUCAAGAACAUGAACGAUCUUUUGGUUGAUAUAAUGUCAAUUAAAGAGGCGGUCAGAAUCCUCAAGACAAACCAAGGCAAUUAUGCAGCCUUGAACAUCCAGGAGUUUGUGUUCAGGACGGUUGACUUUUGUUACCAGCAUGGACUAAUUGAGUUGGACUAUGUCAAAAGUUUCCUUGCGAGAGGAGACACGUUGGAAUUUGCUGACUUUGCAAUAAAAAGAGGUAUCAAAGUCAGAUCACACUUAUAUAAGACGGGGUUUGACGGUGUGGGGUGUCUUAAUUCCCAUCCUUACUGCAACAAUUUUGUCCAAUUAGUUGAUGAUGGUAUCAAGCAGAAAUACUCUCAUGUUGAGAACUGGAUGGAUGAUAAGCGUUACUCACUCUAG